GCUCCCACUACUAUAAGCCAAGAGUAACUUCACUGAAAUCAGGGGAAACUACCUUGGCUUAAAAGCAGUGUGACUGGAGCAUCAGGCCCAUUGGCCUCUGAUACUGCUUCUUUCUAUAUGCACAAUUUCCCCCCAAACGAUAUGACAGGCAGAGAGACCCUCCUCCAUUACCACAAGGAGGAAGAUUCAUAAGAUUGUUUGGGUGGAGGGAUGGGGCUUUGAGCACCCACAUCAUCAACCCAGAAGCUCCUAAGUUAGGGUAAGAUGACCAGACAGCAAGUGUGAAAAAUCGGCACGGGGGUGGGGGUAAUAAGAGCUUAUAUAAGAAAAAGACCCAAAAAUCGGGACUGUCCCUAUAAAAUCGGGACAUCUGGUCACCCUAAACUAGGGCCACAGGGACAGUGCUAGGGUUUGGACCAGAUAUUGGCCUCAGCCACUCCUGGGUGGACCCAAUCCUGCCACCGCCCCUACCCGUGCGCCCAGCCAGCAGGGCCCAAUCCUGCCACCGCCCCCCCUUUCUGAGGGUCACAGCCUGAGCUACCCCCGGUUCCCGCUGCCCGCCGCGGGGCAGAGCCCGGCCCCGCCUCCUUCCCGCGCUGGGCCGGCUGCGGCGCAAGGUCCCGAGACCCGAGCGCGCUGCCUGGGGAGGGGGAGGCGCCGCCGCGGCCCCACUCGGAGGUGCGGGAGACGCGAGCCAGACAAAGAGCGAGCGCGGGGCGGGGAGCCGGGCGCUGCAGCUGCCGGCGCCUCGGGCCGCCGGGGGCAGGCGCGAGCAGGAAGCAAAGCGAAAGGAGCGGGGCAGGCUGCGUGCCGGGCGCUCCGGGCGCCCCCUGUCCGGCCCGACCCGCGCUCGCCAUGGCCAUCGCCCACAUCGCCACCGAGUACGUCUUCUCCGACUUCCUGCUGAAGGAGCCCUCCGAGCCCAAGUACAAAGGGCUGCGGCUGGAGCUGGCGCUGGACAAGCUGGUCACCUGCAUCGCCGUGGGGCUGCCCCUGCUGCUCAUCUCGCUGGCCUUCGCGCAGGAGAUCUCCAUAGGUACCCAGAUAAGCUGUUUUUCUCCCAGCUCAUUCUCCUGGCGCCAGGCUGCGUAUGUGGACUCCUACUGCUGGGCAGCUGUGCAGCAAAAGCAGUUAUUACAGAGCGAUUCAGGACACAUUCCACUGUGGCUUCAUAAAUUUUUCCCAUAUAUCCUGCUACUAGUUGCUAUCCUGUUGUAUCUACCAUGCUUGUUCUGGCGCUUCACUGCAGCACCCCAUCUUUGCUCAGAUCUGAAAUUUAUUAUGGAAGAACUUGACAAGGCCUACAACAGGGCAAUCAAAGCAGCUAAUAGCUUUCACAGUGGAGACACUAGAGACCCCAGUAGCCUGCCUCCAGCUGUUAAUGAAAACUUGACACAAAGUUUGUGGGAGAUAUCUGAAAGCCACUUUAAAUACCCCAUUGUGGAACAAUACCUGAAGACAAAAAGAAACUCCAAAAACUUAAUAAUCAAAUAUGUUAUUUGCCGUCUACUAACAUUAGUAAUUAUCCUGUUUGCAUGCCUCUAUCUGGGCUAUUAUAUCAAUCUCUCCUCUAUGACUGAUGAGUUUCUGUGCACCAUCAAAACUGGAAUCUUAAAGAAUGACACAACCAUUCCAGAACUAGUUCAAUGUAAGCUUAUUGCUGUUGGCGUCUUCCAGCUACUCAGUUACAUUAACUUAUUUGUGUAUAUUUUGGUGAUGCCUCUUGUAAUGUAUGCCAUGCUCGUCCCAUGCAGGCGAAGCUCAGACAUUCUUAGAGUAUAUGAAAUUCUGCCAACAUUUGAUGUUCUGAAACUCAAGUCAAAUUAUGAUGAUUUAAGCCUCUACCUCCUCUUCCUUGAGGAAAACGUAAGUGAGCUUAAAUCAUACAAGUGCCUCAAAGUGCUGGAGAAUAUUGCAGGCCCUGGGAAGUGUGACAUAAUCCAUCUGUUGCCAAACCUUGGUACGAUUAAGACGACAGAUACGGUAGAUGGGAAGCCAGCAACUGUGAAAGAGAAGCCUGACGAGAAAAUUACAGAAGAACCAGAAAGGACUACAACAGAACUACAAGUUUUUACAGAUCUGCUCCCAAGUUGCAAUACAAGCGCAAGCAACGAAGAUAAGGUUCGUCAAAGACUUAUAGAUUCUUCAUGCUGAUUGUUCCUGCAUGCUCCUCUUUUGACGGUUGUAGCACAGGACAGCUGCCCUCUAUCCCCACCUCCAAUACAAGCCGCACCGAACACAGGACACUGCCUUUCUCGAUGAAUGGACUGGGUUUGGGGUCCUACCAGUUCACCAGAGAGGAUAAACCAGUUUGCAGACUGUUUACAUACAGUACAGUUAAUCUCGUAUCACAAAAGGCACCAUCUAGAGUUUGAAUAUUUAUAAAACCACUUUACUACGAAUUAUGGAAAAGGGAAAUCCAUCAGGUAAUUAGCAUGCAGAAUGGAUUACCAGAAGCAGCAGUUGAAGCUGAGACCAUUUAAACAAUAGUCGUGUGCUUACAGCGAUGAAACACUGAACUGCAUAGACGCUAGAAACAGAGAUGGCCAGAUUCCAUCCUGAGAUGACGUGGUGUUGAGGUGUGUGUAACAGAGUACUGGAAAUGCCAAACUUUGUUACUUGCCACCUAGUGUCCAAUUCUGCAGUUCUUACUCCAUCUAUAAAAAGAACAGGAGUACUUGUGGCACCUUAGAGACUAACAAAUUUAUUAGAGCAUAAGCUUUCGUGGGCUACAGCCCACUUCUUCGGAUGCAUAUAGA